AAAAUUCAUCUUUUUAUAUAUUUGCUACAGAAGAAGAAGCAGACAAGGAGUGAAUCACGAGGAAGAUAGAAGCAGAUUCUCUGUUUUUUUUUUAAAUUGGUUUAAGACGCGAUCGCAGAAAGUAGAGGUUCUUAUGGGGUUCUUAAAGAAGCUAACCGGAAUUUUCGGGUUCGGGCAUAACGACGGUGGCCACGGAGUUGAAGAUGGAGACAACACUGGAAAAGUCGAUAAACUCGGGGAUGGUGAUCAGCCGCGGUUCCGUGAAACGGGACUUCCCAGGAAAGGUUUUGGAGUACCGGUUCAAGUCGCAGUUGAACGGUCCAACCCUGGUCCUAUUCUUCAGCCUUGUCCUUCUUCAGACGGUGUAGUUCAGGGACUACGAUGGUAUUCAAUGCGACUAAGGAUUGAUGAAGACGGAGAUAUUGCGGAUGAGUUCUUGGAAGAUCAUACCUGUAAGGAUUUGCCAAGAAGAUGCAGAACAAAAGCUGCAAAAGUGAGUGGGUUAGUGAUAUCUUCUGAUGGGAAACUUCAGCCACUGAUGGAAUGAAGAAUGAGCGACAAGGAGAAAGAUUUGCUGAUUAGUGUGAUUGAAUCAGAGAUUAAGGUUAGAAUCUGUGUGUCAUUUAGCCAUUCAAUCUCGACAUAAAUCGAAUAGAAUCUGGUUGCUGAUACUUGAGUACUCAGAAUUAUAGUGUAACUGUGAAUUCUGUUUUUGAAAAGUAACAAGUGAAACUCUUUGGGAUUGCUUGAAAA